AUGACUCAGCCCGUGGAGGAGCUUAGUUCCGGGGAUGACCAUGCAAACGCCCCCUACGAUCAGCUGGCACGCUUGUAUGUGGCAGGCAUCCCCAAAAGCAUGAACGAGGCCCAAAUCAAACCGCUUUUUGAUCAGUGGGGCGCGGUCCGGGAUGUGAUGAUCCUGCGGGAGCGCAGCACGGGCCUCUCGCGCGGCUGCGCCUUUGUCGGCUACGAGACCACCGACGAGGCGCAGGCGGCCAUACAGCACCUAGACCACCGCGUCCACCUGCCAAACGCGCUCGGCCCGCUGGAGGUUCGCUUCGCGCGCGGCCGCCACCCGUCGCCCGGGGCCGCGGAUGACGUGCGCCACGUUGUGUUUUCGGGGGCGUCGCCCGGCGCCAGCGAGUCGGAGCUGCAGCUGCUGAGCGGCGUGGUCGAGUCGCUAUCGCUUACACGCGACCCAGAAACUGGGGAGAGCAAGGGCUGCGGCGUGGCGGCGAUGGGGUCGCACCAGGACGCGCUGGCGGCGGUCGAGGCGCUCAGUGGGAAGGUCACGCUGGAGGGCGCUGCUGGCCCUCUGACCGCCAGGCUGGCGGACCCUGACCCGCGCGCCCGCAAGGACGCAGAGGAUGACGUGGACGACAGGACGGUGUUCUUCGCCCGCGUGCUGCGCAGCGCGACGGAGGACAGCGUGCGCGCGCUGUUCUCGCGGUUCGGGCGCGUGGUGGAGGUAAACCUGUUCCGCGCGUUCCAGGUGUGCAGGCAGGCGCUGGUUCAGGGGCCGCUUUGUUGGGUUGGGGGGCUUCGUCUCGUGCCUCUCUGA